UAUAUGGACGCUUUCUCUUUUUCUUUUCCAACUUGGGCAUGGCAUUGUAGAGAUGCUAAUAGAACCGGUUUUUGUGCAUUAGACUCCUUUUAUUUAAUGCCAACCUCAGUGCUCUGUUUGAAACUCUGUGGAUUUACAGCGCAGAGAGUUGUACCCCUUAGCCAUGGAACGUUCUGCCACCAGGUUCCUCUGUGCUGUCCAUGUUUUUGCUUGCCUUGGGGAUUACAUGUUAGAGCUUGUCUAGGGUUGCUUUGAGGAGAUUCAGCUGCAUUGUCUUUUCUGGAUUUUGUCCAUUACUGGAAUCUGCAAAGUCUUGUCCACAGAUGUGUGUUUGAGACUUUUUUUCAUUUAGUAUUAAGGAUCCUUAAAACUCCUGGUCAUCAUCUGCGUGCAGACACCGAGAGCCGGGCUUAACGCGAAAGCAGGAUUAAAUGGCUGCGCUUAUUUCGGAAAACUUCAAAUUUGCUGCUCUCUUCUUCAAAAGCAAGGAUGUAGUGAUCUUCAAUGGCCUCAUAGCCUUGGGGACAGUGGCCAGUCAGACGGCGUACAACAUUUUUGCCUUUGAGUGCCCAUGUUCUUCAGAGAGAAACUACCUAUAUGGGCUAGCUGCUAUUGGUGUUCCUGCACUGGCCUUUUUUAUCAUUGGGAUUAUGCUUAAUCGAAACACAUGGGACCUUGUUUCUGAGUGUCGUAUCAGAAAAUGCCGGAAGCUCUCCGUGGCUGCUGCCUUUGCUCUGCUGGGGUCAAUAGUGGGCCGAGCGGUAGUGGCCCCUAUUACCUGGUCUGUCCUCUCACUCCUCAGAGGAGAGGCCUAUGUCUGUGCACUCAGUGAGUUUGUGGACCCUCUGUCUUUGGAAAACUUCCCCUCCACUCCUCAGGGCCCGAAUGUCAUGGCCCGCUUUCCGUGCAAAGAUGUACCCACAGAUUUGCUGCACUUCUGGGGAGAAAUUCAACGUCGGCUCAAGUAUGAAUCUCAGCUGCUGGGAUGGCUGAUGAUAGCUGUCAUCUCGCUCGGUGUUUUCCUGAUACUGUGUCUGAAGCGUUGCUGCUCUCCCCUGGGAUACCAGCAGGAGGCGUACUGGUCCAGCUACCGUUCCAAUGAGCAUGUUCUCUUUCAGCGCACUGCUGAUGCUCAUGCUAAGAUCCAUGCUGCUGAGAACGUCAAGAGCUUCUUUGGGUUCGUGGCCCUGGAGAAAGAGGAAAAAGAGCUUCUGGUAGAGUGCCAGGGAGCUAGAAGUGUUAUUUCCAGCCAGGAGUGGAACCGUGUCACAGGUGUUUACUUAUACAGAGAGAACAGAGGAGCUCCGCUGUAUAGUCGCCUCAAUAAAUGGUCCCAAUACACAGAGGAGGACAACCAUGAGGGCAUUGCGAAAGAGAUGGACAUGUUAUGUUAGGGUGGUAAAUCUCACUGACCAUAAUAGUCUGUUUUUUAUAGAUUUUUGUUGAUAAUAGUUCAUUGAACCACUAGGAUAUGGUGUAUAUUAACCAAAAUGCUAUCAAAUCUGUUAUGAUAUAAGGGUAUUUUGGCCCUGCUGUGGAACUGAAUAUUCUUUUUUGCCAUUUGCUUUGAUGUGAUGAUGUGAUAACUUAUUUUUGGAGAUCCUUAGUGAUGGCCUAGUGAUGGUAUGCUUUUUUUAGAUGAUUGUACUUUAAGGCUUAAAUACCAUCAGCAGUUUUUUAAAAGCCUGAAAAACAUUUAUUUUACUGCUCUAAAGAUGGGCUAGUUACUGACAAUGUUUCCAGUUUGAUUAAUGACUGUGCUGUGUGUUAAACCAUAUUUUUAUUAGACUUUAGGUAUAUCUCAAGGAUGUUUGGCCAUGGUGUCUACUUGUCUACUUGUCAACUAUUCUCUCAGGGCUAACUAAAUGUAAAAUACACAUAGGUUGUUGCAAUAAACUGACUUUUUAUUUCCAACAGUGGAUGUUUGCUGGUGGUAGAGCUGUAUCAUAUUUCAACCAUUUCAUUCUCACUAUGUAAUAAAUGCUUCUGAAAAAAAAAGAGUUAUAAAAGUAUUUACAGAAAGUGUGGUAAUGUUAGAUUUGAAACGGUUAAUUAGGUUUCCAUUCACAUUGCCGGUAAGGCGGCUCCAGAUGGCUCUUGCGUUUUAUCACUUGAAACACUGGCAGGGGGUAAAACUGUGGCAAACACAACAUGAGGAGGCUGCUAAAAAUAGCAGUAACAAGCCUCCAGUUCACCUUGGUUUUUAGACACCUCUUUUCAAAAACACUUUCUUCAAGCUGUGUAAAUAUAUGAUGCCUUUU